GGAGAGAACAAUUCCUGAGGAUAGCAAGCAUCGAGGACUGCGUGCACUACUACCAAUGCUACGCUAGCAGGUCCUACCUUAUGCAGUGCCCGGAACAUACUUGGUUCAACGAACGAGAGCAGGUAUGUGAUUGGUCAGACCCACCGGCACGUUGCGCAAGAGAUCCCGAACCUGAACCUGAACCGGAACCAGAACCGGAACCAGAGCCUGAACCAGAGCCUGAACCAGAGACUGAGCCUGAACCUGAACCUGAACCUGAGCCAGAACCCGAUCAGGAACCUGAACCGGAAGAAGAGCCUGAACCAGAACCGGAACCCGAAGAAGCAGAAGCUGAACCCGAGCCUGAAAUAGAAGAGGAAUCCGAAGAAGCCGUACCUCUUCCUGAGCCGGAACCGAUCGAUUCAGAGGAAUUCCAAGUGGAGGAACCUGAACAACCCGAGGAUGAUAAUGAUGAGGAACAACCAGUGGAAGAAUCGGCUGAAGAGGGAUCCGGCGAAGAGGAAUAAGCAAGAAGACCUUGUCAGAAAAUUCGUGAAGUCCUUCAGAAAUCGUCAAGAAGAAGUUGUUGAUGAUGAACCCGAAGAGGAAUUGAAAAAAAAACUAAGACAAGAAGAAUCAGAAGAUGACGAUGAAGACGCAGAUGUUGAGGACGAAGAGGACGUCAAGAGAAAAUUGAAACAAGAAGAAGUUGAAGACGAUGACGAAGAAGAAAGUGACAAUGAGGACGUCAAGAGAAAGUCAAAGCAAGAGGAAGUCGAGGAUGACGAUGAUGAAGAAAACGAUGAUGACGAUGUUAAGAGAAACAUAAAACAAGAAGAAACUGAGGAUGAUGAGGAUGAGGAAGAAGACG